AUGAAGAAAUUCGACGGCCAGUACGACCGUCGGCCAGCAAGUAGAGCUGUUUUCGACCGAUUAGGGGCACAAAGCCCCAGUACCUCGGCGGGCCAUAAAGACGAAGCCGCUCCUAGGCAGGUGAAGACUUUCAAACCACCGGUCGUACGGGAUGACCGUUGGUAUCAUGCAUGA